AUGUCGAAAAGGUGGCUGGUGGAGCAAGAAGCGAAUGCCAUGAACCUACCUCCUGACAAAGCCAGGUUACUGCGGCAGUAUGACAAUGAGAAAAAAUGGGAACUGAUUUGUGAUCAGGAACGAUUCCAGGUGAAGAAUCCUCCCCAUACAUACAUUCAAAAGCUUCAAGGCUAUCUAGACCCAGCUGUAACCAGGAAGAAAUUCAGACGGCGUGUUCAAGAAUCUACACAAGUGCUAAGAGAACUGGAAAUUUCUUUAAGAACUAACCACAUUGGAUGGGUCAGAGAGUUUUUGAAUGAAGAAAACAAGGGUCUUGAUGUUCUAGUGGAAUAUCUGUCAUUUGCACAGUAUGCAGUAACUUUUGACUUUGAAAGUAUGGAAAGUACUGUGGAGAGUUCAGUGGACAAAUCAAGGCCCUGGAGUAGGUCUAUUGAGGACCUGCACAGAGGGAGCAACCUGCCCUCACCUGUGGGCAACAGUGUCUCCCGCUCUGGAAGACAUUCUGGCAUGCGAUAUAAUACUUUGCCAAGGAGAAGAACCCUGAAAAAUUCAAGAUUAGUGAGUAAGAAAGAUGACAUACAUGUCUGUAUCAUGUGUUUACGUGCCAUCAUGAAUUAUCAGUAUGGUUUCAACAUGGUCAUGUCUCAUCCGCAUGCUGUCAAUGAGAUUGCCCUAAGCUUGAACAAUAAGAAUCCCAGAACAAAAGCCCUUGUUUUAGAACUGUUGGCAGCAGUUUGUCUUGUCAGAGGCGGGCAUGAAAUCAUUUUAUCAGCAUUCGAUAACUUUAAGGAGGUUUGUGGAGAAAAACAGCGCUUCGAGAAGUUGAUGGAACAUUUCAGGAAUGAAGACAAUAACAUAGAUUUUAUGGUGGCCUCUAUGCAGUUUAUUAACAUUGUAGUCCAUUCAGUAGAAGACAUGAAUUUCAGAGUUCACCUCCAAUAUGAAUUUACCAAAUUAGGCCUGGACGAAUACCUGGACAAGCUGAAACACACGGAGAGUGACAAGCUGCAGGUCCAGAUUCAGGCAUACCUGGACAACGUGUUUGAUGUAGGAGCUCUGCUGGAAGAUGCCGAAACUAAGAAUGCAGCCUUGGAGAGGGUGGAAGAACUGGAAGAAAACAUCUCUCAUUUAUCUGAGAAACUGCAGGACACAGAAAACGAAGCUAUGUCCAAGAUCGUGGAACUGGAGAAGCAGCUUAUGCAGAGGAACAAGGAGCUGGAUGUUGUUCGACCCCCGCCCCCACCGCCGCCUCUCCCAGGUCCUGCAGCUGAGACUGUGCCUGCUCCUCCGGUACCGCCCCCUCCUCCUCCCUCUGCACCCCCGCUGCCUGGAACAUCUUCACCCACAGUGGUUUUCAACUCAGGAUUAGCAGCUGUGAAAAUUAAGAAGCCAAUCAAGACCAAGUUCAGAAUGCCGGUGUUUAACUGGGUUGCUCUGAAGCCCAAUCAGAUCAAUGGCACAGUCUUCAACGAAAUUGAUGAUGAGCGAAUUCUGGAGGAUUUAAAUGUGGAUGAAUUUGAGGAAAUAUUCAAGACAAAAGCCCAAGGUCCUGCCAUUGAUCUUUCUUCAAGCAAACAGAAGAUAACACAGAAGGGAUCAAGCAAAGUGACGUUACUAGAAGCAAACAGGGCCAAAAACCUUGCCAUAACGCUAAGGAAAGCCGGGAAGACUGCUGAUGAGAUAUGUAAAGCUAUUCAUGUAUUUGACUUGAAGACAUUGCCUGUAGACUUUGUAGAAUGUUUGAUGCGAUUCUUGCCAACUGAGAAUGAGGUGAAAGUGCUUCGGCUCUAUGAGCGGGAAAGGAAGCCCCUGGAGAACUUGUCGGAUGAAGAUCGGUUCAUGAUGCAGUUCAGUAAAAUCGAGAGGCUCAUGCAGAAGAUGACCAUCAUGGCUUUCAUUGGGAACUUUGCUGAAAGCAUUCAGAUGCUGACUCCUCAACUGCAUGCAAUUAUAGCAGCAUCUGUCUCUAUAAAGUCAUCCCAGAAACUCAAGAAAAUUCUGGAGAUCAUCUUGGCCCUUGGAAACUACAUGAACAGCAGUAAAAGAGGAGCAGUUUAUGGAUUUAAACUUCAGAGUUUAGAUCUGCUCUUAGAUACAAAGUCAACAGACCGAAAGCAAACGCUGUUGCACUAUAUAUCAAAUGUUGUAAAAGAGAAAUAUCACCAAGUGUCCCUAUUUUAUAAUGAGCUUCAUUACGUGGAAAAAGCUGCUGCAGUCUCCCUUGAGAAUGUUCUUCUGGAUGUCAAGGAGCUCCAGAGGGGCAUGGACUUGACCAAGAGGGAGUACACCAUGCACGACCACAACACGCUGCUGAAGGAGUUCAUCCUCAACAACGAGGGGAAGCUGAAGAAGCUGCAGGACGAUGCCAAGAUUGCACAGGAUGCCUUUGAUGAUGUCGUGAAGUAUUUCGGAGAAAACCCCAAGACAACACCACCCUCUGUCUUCUUUCCUGUCUUCGUCCGGUUUGUGAAAGCAUAUAAGCAAGCAGAGGAGGAAAACGAGCUGAGGAAAAAGCAGGAACAAGCUCUCAUGGAGAAGCUCCUGGAGCAAGAAGCUCUGAUGGAGCAGCAGGACCCAAAGUCUCCUUCCCAUAAAUCAAAGAGACAGCAGCAAGAGUUAAUUGCAGAAUUAAGAAGGCGACAAGUUAAAGAUAACAGACAUGUAUACGAGGGAAAAGAUGGUGCCAUUGAAGAUAUUAUCACAGAUCUUAGAAACCAACCAUACCGACGAGCCGAUGCGGUGAGGAGAAGUGUCAGGCGGCGCUUUGAUGAUCAGAACUUGCGUUCUGUUAAUGGUGCAGAAAUAACGAUGUGAACCCAAGACCUGCCUGCAUGAGUAGAGGGUGUGCGUGAACAAAACUGCCCACGUGAACUUUAUGUGCUACCAUUUAACUGCAACCUUGAACACAUAAAAUAUUCUUAAGGGCCCAGAAUUAGCAAACACAUAGGAAUUUAAAAAUAAUGGGCUCUCCUUUCAACCCUUGUUAACAAGUGCCUAAAAAUGGAAGUACCUGCUCAGAUUAAUCAAAGCAAUAGGAUUUGAUUUGAUUAGGUAUCUUUUUACACACCAGUAUGUUAUUUUUUCUUAACCAAAAUGUAAAUUUCACAUUAAAUCCAUUACCUGCCA